UUGUAGAGGCUGCUCUACAUCGACGCUCAGUGGCCGACGCACUUGUCAUUCAAUACUAGCUUGCGUGGAAUUGCUGUCGUUCAGCGAAAACACGCCAAAAUGGCUGGCUUGCUCUCUCUCUCAAAGACCAUGCAAGCAGCGCGGUGUCCCACAGAUGAACUGUCGCUGACGAACUGCGUGGUAACCAAUGAGAAGGACUUCAAAUCAGGACAGCAUGUAACGGUCAGGACCACCCCCACACAUGCGUAUGUGUUCACGGUGAAGACCCAUAACAGCGUGGUGCCCAGCACCAUCGCCUUCAGUCUGCCUCAGAGGAAAUGGGCCGGUCUCUCUCUCAAUCAAGAUGUUGAAGUGAGCAACUACACCUUUGACACAUCCAGGCAGUAUGUGGGAACCAUGUCUCUGGAAAUCGACUUUCUACAAAAGAAGAGUGCAGACAGCAACCCUUAUGACACCGACAAGAUGGCCAUCGAGUUCAUCCAGCAUUUCAACGCACAGGCCUUUUGCUUGGGCCAGCAGUUUGUGUUCAGCUUCUCUGACAAGGUCUUCCUGUUGGUGAUCAGAGACAUCGAGGCGAUGGAUCCGAGCAUUCUGAAGGGGGAGCAGGGUUCCAGCAAGAAGAACAAGAUUAACGUUGGCUUGUUGCAUGGCAACAGUCAAAUGAUUUUCGAGAAGGCAGAGAGCUCUUCCAUCAGUCUGGUUGGUAAAGCGAAGACCAGAGGUGCACGCCAGUCUAUCAUUAACCCUGACUGGAACUUCGAGCGCAUGGGAAUCGGAGGCCUGGACAAGGAGUUCUCCGACAUCUUCCGCCGAGCCUUCGCCUCUCGAGUCUUCCCUCCGGAUAUAGUGGAGCAGAUGGGCUGUAAGCACGUUAAAGGCAUCCUGCUCUUCGGACCCCCGGGCUGCGGUAAGACGCUUAUGGCCCGUCAGAUCGGGAAGAUGCUGAAUGCCAGGGAGCCCAAGGUGGUGAACGGGCCUGAAAUUCUCAACAAAUAUGUGGGGGAGUCGGAGGCCAACAUCAGGAAACUGUUCGCCGAUGCAGAGGAGGAACAGAAGAGACUGGGAGCCAACAGUGGCCUGCACAUCAUCAUCUUCGACGAGAUCGAUGCCAUCUGUAAGCAGAGAGGCAGCCUGGCAGGCAGCACUGGCGUGCACGACACCGUCGUGAACCAGCUUCUGUCAAAAAUUGAUGGCGUGGAGCAGCUCAACAACAUCCUGGUCAUAGGCAUGACUAACAGACCUGACCUAAUAGAUGAAGCUCUCUUGAGGCCUGGAAGACUGGAAGUGAAGAUGGAGAUCGGUCUGCCGGAUGAGUCGGGUCGAGUCCAGAUCCUCAACAUCCACACGGCCAAGAUGAAGCAGGCAAAGAUGCUGGCGGCCGACGUGGACAUUAAGGAGCUAGCCGUGGAGACCAAGAACUUCAGCGGGGCGGAGCUGGAGGGGCUGGUCCGUGCGGCUCAGUCUACAGCCAUGAAUCGCCACAUUAAGGCCAGUACUCAGGUGGAAGUAGACAAUGAAAAGGCCCAGUCUCUCCAGGUUGGCCGUAGCGAUUUCUGGGCAUCGCUGGAGAAUGACAUUAAACCAGCUUUUGGCACCAACCAGGAGGACUAUUCCAGCUACAUCCUGAACGGCAUAGUGAAGUGGAGCAACGCUGUGUCCGACAUCCUGGGAGAUGGAGAACUCCUGGUGCAGCAGACCAAGAACAGCGAACGCACUCCGCUAGUGACUGCACUACUAGAGGGACCACCUCACAGUGGUAAAACUGCACUGGCUGCCCAGAUUGCUGAGGACUCUCAGUUCCCCUUCAUCAAAAUCUGCUCUCCUGAUAAGAUGAUAGGCUUCUCUGAGACCGCCAAGUGUCAAGCCAUCAAGAAGAUAUUCGACGACGCUUACAAGUCCCAGCUGAGCUGUGUGGUGGUGGACGAUAUCGAGCGGCUUCUGGAUUUUGUGCCCAUCGGUCCACGCUUCUCCAACUCAGUCCUGCAAGCUUUGCUGGUCCUCCUGAAGAAAGCGCCUCCUCGUGGCCGUAAGUUGCUGAUCCUGGGCACCACUAGUCGUAAGGAUGUACUGCAGGAGAUGGGCAUGUUGGAUGCCUUCAGCACCUCCAUCCACAUCCCCAACAUUGCCAGAGGAGAGCACCUCAUGGAGGCCCUGGAGUUGCUAGGAGGCUUCCAGGAAGAAGAACGUGCUCACAUUGCUAAGGCGGUCAAAUGCAAAGCCGUGUGGAUCGGUAUUAAGAAACUUCAGAUGCUCAUCGAGAUGUCCCUGCAGAUGCCCCCUCAGUACAAAGUUCAGAAGUUUUUGGCACUGCUGACAGAGGAAGGCGCGCUUGGUUCUGAUAAGCGUGUAGCUAUAUAGGCCCGACUGCUAGAGUGUACUCACACCCGUGCUGCUCAAGUUAGCAGGUGGAGGCAAGGAGCGCACCCAAGCUGAACAAGGCCGCUCCUCUCUUCCUCUGCGCACCUUCCCCCGUCCCCCGAUCAUUUCAGCCCCUUUGCACGCUGUGUGCCGCCGUGGCGACGACCUCACCGCCCCUUCCUGGUCGGCACUGGUCCUGCUCGCUCAGACAGGAGCUCCCAGUACGCAGUAUGCGAUCUUGCCCGUUAAAAGGCAUGCCCGUGAAUGGUGUGCGCAUACAUAUGAUGGCCCGUUGUGUCUAUGCAUUAACGUUCCUCUCCUUCCGCCUUCAGUCUGAUUGUGUGAGUACCGCAGUGGUUCAUGUUAGGUGUAAUCGUACUUUUAUUUUAGACUCACUGAUCCUUUCUCUGACCAAACUGUGUUCCAGGGGAUUCCAUUCUCAUUGUACCUUUAUUUUUGGUAAACAGUGUCUUGAAUUUCACUGUGAUGAUAUACUGUUUGGUUUUUUUGUUAUUAUUUUUUUUAAUUUACUAACACUUUGCUAAUAGAUGAGUGCUUGCACCUGUUUAAGGGAAAUUGUUCUUGCUUUACCCGUGAAUGUGUAAAGGCGUUACGUUUGAGCUCUGUGACGUCCACCUCACCCUGGCCCAAUGCUUGCUGAGUAAUGGCCAGAGGUAACAACACCUAAAAAACCUGCUGAGGAAUUGGAGCCACCGCGUGCAUGGGCUGCUACGCCACACAAGAGGCUGUUAGGCUGGGAAACACACAAAUUCCCCAUGGGCUGGCGGGACAGAAGAAGGAAAAGCUCUCUGACCUGCAGCUUCUGGGACUUUGCAUUGCUUAUUUAAGAAACACUUGGAUCUCUACAUGUGGGACUUGGGAAUUACGCAUAAUACACUUACGCAAUGAGAACUGUGCUGUUGAUGAGAGAUGAUUUCCCCCCUGAAAUUAAGUUAUGUGAUGCUGAUCAAACUUGAUUUUUGUACAAGCAUCCUGUUUAUUUUCAUUGGAAGUACAAUAUGUAUGGAACUUGAGGGUAAAUGCAUGAAUAUAUGCAUUAAAUAAACGAUUUGAAUCCUA